AUGGCAGAUGAUCCUGAGUAUGAAGAAGUACCUAAAUCUGGUCCUCAGACAAGGCUUAAGUCAAAAAAAAAGUUGGAACAAUCUCAAUCCACUUGGUCACCAGUUCGAACUGCUCCAGGUCUACGACCAAAUUGCACAAUAUUUUAUGAUGGAAAUGGAUUUGCCUACCAUAACCAUAAAAUUGCAAAUAACAAAAAGUAUUUGAAAUGUACUCAAAAAGGUAUUAAAAAAAAACCAUGCCCAGCUAGAGCUGUUAUUAGAAAUUAUGAUAACAUGAUUCGUCAUUCAGGAGAACCACACACACAUAAACCAAGAAACUAUGAUGAAGAAUUAUUAAAGAGAAACUUUUUAAUGAAAAUUAGAGAGAGAGCAAUCAAUGAGAACACACCUAAUAGAGCAAUUUUUGACGAAGAAAUAAAAAAUACACCAAAACUAAAGGGUAAAGUAACAUUUUCGAGUACUGCAAGAAGAAUGCAGAGGUUUCGUCAGCCACAAAAAAUGCAAGGCCCACUAUUUCCUAUAGAAGACAAUGAACUUAUUGAUGCAAUAAAUGAUUACAAAAAUAUUCCACAUGAAUACACUAAUAAUAGUGAAGACGAAGAAUGUAAACCUGUUAUAACGUUUGAUGCAGAGAAUCAUAUGGAAGUGAUAGAAUUAGAUGAAAUUGAUAUGGAGAGUAAUGAAUAUACUGAUGAGGUUGAAAGUGAAGUUUUACAUGAAAAAAAUGAUAAGGAGAAUAUUUCAAAAAAUGUUAAAAAAGAAAUAGAUGCAACUGUGAAUAUGUUUUGUUGUAUAUAUUGUAAUAAGUGGCAAGAACCUCAACUUUUUGAAUUUGUACCCAAUCAAAAAUCCAAAACAAUUGAAUUGAGAGACAAGUUAGAGAAAUAUAAUGUAACAUCACCCAUUGAUCAUUCUAAUCCAGUAACUAUUGAUAGUUCUUCUGAAAAUAUACUAAAUAAUAAUCAAACUUCUACUCUUGACCAUUCUGAAGAACAUGAAGACAUAUCUCUUAAUAAUGAAGAUAACAUCACAGUUAAACAAGAAAACAAUAGUGUUGUUGCAAAUACUAGUAUCCCAGAAACUGCUAAUCCAGAUACAUAUAAAGAAGCAAAUGAUAGUGUAGGUGCGGGUGUUAGUAUUUCAGAAAUUAAAAAUCCAGAAACACAUGAAUCAUCCACUAAAGAAAAAAAAAAAAAAGUUGAACGAAAAUUAGGGUUUUUACAGAUGCGAAUUGAUUCAACAAUAUAUUUUGAUAAUAUGGGUUAUAGUUAUCAAAUACAAAACGAAAAAAAUGACAAGAAGUACUUAAGAUGUGUGGUUUGGGGUAAAAAGAAGUGUCCUGGUCGAGCCCAUUUAAACAUAAAAACAUUGAAUAUAAUUAGAUCUAGAGGUCACAAUCACUUACCAUCUUCUAACUGUGAUGCUGAAAAACAAGCUAGGGCAUUUUUGCAUGCUAUUAAAGAAAGGGCUCAAGAUGAAGAUACUCCCUUAAAAACUAUUUACGCAGAAGAAAUAUUGAACUAUCCGCUUGCUAGUUCUGUGGUUAAUUAUGCAAAUGCUACCAGACGAAUGCAAAGGACAAGAAGAUUGAAAAAUCAACCCAGUACAGUAUUACAAAAAGAACCACCAUUACUAUUAUCUGUUAAAGUGAUACCUGGUACACGACGUGGAACAUCUUUAUAUUUGGAUGAACUAGGAUAUUAUUACCAUAAUGAUACAUUAACCAACAGUGGAAAAAUAGUAAGAUGUACCAAAAAUAGAAAAACAGCAACUGAAGAAGCGUGUCAUUCGAGAGGAUUUAUGCGUGCUUCUGGAGACGGAUUUGUCAUAUAUAGAACUAAAGAUCAUAACCAUCCACCAGUGGAUCUUAAGAGAAAUCCAUUGGAACGAUCGUUCAUUAAUACCUUAUGUGAACGGGCACGAAAUGAGACUCAUUUGGGUCUCAAAGAGAUUUACAAUGAAGAAGUUGAAAGGUUUCUUGAUGCGGCAGAAAAAAUUCCUUAUCGAAUGGCAUGGCGGAGUAUGGCAAGAACAAGACAACCUCCUAAAGUAUCUGGGGAAGUGAAACUAGUUAGUGUAUCAGUUAUUUCAGAUGGAAUGGUCAUGUGGGAUGGGUAUACACUAUAUAGAGAUGAAAUAGGAUUUUUAUAUUCAUUAAGGAAAGGAAGAAAAUUUGCAUGGUGUCAAAUGAAUACAAAAUUAAAAUGUUUAGUUAAAGGCUCAAUAUCAGUUGAGAAUGAUACUACAAUGUUAGAGUUUACUGGAGAACACAAUCAUUCGCCAUUGAGUGACGAAGAGUUUCAAGCCGCUAUUUUUCUUGAAAAGAUAAUGCUUAAAUGUUUAGAAGAUGACAGUAAACCAAAGAAAUUAUAUGAUGAAGAAUUAGUUAACUUUCCUGGUGUUGAAAACCGAGUAUCAUUAGCAUACGCACGCGAAAAAAUAAAAGCUAGAAGAAAAAGUGCAUUAAAAAAAAAUUCAAAUAAUGAAAUGUUAGAAACUACUUGUGAACCAUUGAAAUAUAUUGAAUUUUGGGAUGAGGAGAAUAAUUCUAUUGAUGAUGAUGACUUAAAUGACGAUGUUUACUCUGAUGAUGAUGAUGUCAGUGAAAAGUCUAAGGAUUCUUACGAUAUUUACUCAGAUGAACAAGGCUUCAAAUUUACAAUAGUCAGUGUAAAAGAUGAAACUAGAUAUUUAGAGUGUAUACAGAAGCAUAGUGGAUGCAAUGCCAAAGGAGAAAUGUUUAAAGGUGAAAAUGAUGAGUGGCUAUUUGUUCUUCAUGGCUACUCUCACAACCAUUUACCUCAUGAAGAUAAUUAA